CGUGCUGCCAUCUGAUAAUGGAAAUCAUUUGUUUAUUUGUAAAAUGCAACGAUUUCUGCGCAUAUUUGGAGAACAAAAAUGCAAAAUAAUUGGCAUGAUUCACGUGGAUGCGCUGCCAGGCACGCCAAAAUAUGCCGGCAACUGGCAGCAGAUAAUUGAGAAGGCCAAAUUCGAGGCUGAUUUGUACAAGCGACACAAAUUGGACGCCGUGCUGAUUGAGAAUAUGCAUGAUAUACCCUAUGUGCAGGAUCGCCUGCUGGGCGCAGAGAUUGUCGCCUGCAUGACGAUCUUGUCGCAGACUGUGCGUCGCAUCCUGCCCAAGGAGACACCCUGCGGCGUCCAGGUGCUCGCCUGUGGCAAUCGCCAGGCACUAGCCAUAGCCAAGGCCAGUCAGCUGCAGUUCAUACGCGCCGAGGGCUUCGUCUAUGGCCAUGUUGCCGAUGAAGGAUAUACGGAUGCUUGUGCUGGGGAUUUGCUACGUUAUCGCAGGCAAAUCGAUGCCGAUGAUGUACUGAUCUUUACUGAUCUGAAGAAGAAGCACAGCUCGCAUGCAAUUACAGCAGAUGUUAGCCUGUUGGAAACGGCGCACGCAGCGGAAUUCUUUUUAACCGAUGGCAUAAUCAUCACAGGCACCGCCACAGGACACGCAACCAGUGCACAGGAUGUGCAGCAGCUGGCGGGCAAACUGAAGGUGCCCCUAAUCAUUGGCUCCGGUGUAACCAAGGAAAACAUAAAGGAUUACUUUGAUGCUGCCCAGGCGGUGAUCAUUGGCUCACACUUCAAGGAGAAGGGAAACUGGGCCAAGGAUAUCUGUGAGGAUGCAGUGGAGCAGUUUACACGCGAGAUCUGCGAACUGCGACUCAGACUAAAAGGAUAAAAUCCUAUUUCUUUUGUAGCAAAUGCUUUUUAUUGUUAAUAUGAAUGAAUUGAAAUGUGUAUAAUAA